CAAACAUCAGGUGAUAGACUUACGUGCGAUGAUAAUGCUGUUUACAGUAGUAUAAAUCUCGUGUUUGUCUCGCACGGAUGAAUGAGAACACUAAAUCUCAGAUACCAAAAAUGAUUUUUGACGCGAUUUUCACAAACAUUGUUGGCAUCGGCAUAGCCCUGAUGACCAUAAUCAUAGUUUACUACAAGUGGAGGUACCAGUACUGGAAGAGAAAAAACAUGCCAUAUUUAGAACCAAGUAUACCUUACGGUAAUUCUGCUAGUCCCUUAAGACGCAAAGAACAUAGCGCCAUCCGACUGAAACGCAAUUACGACUACAUGAAAAGUAAAGGAUGGAAACAUGGAGGAUUGUUUACAAUGUUGACGCCUGCAUACUUGGUAAUCGAUUUAGAUUACUUGAAAAACAUAAUGACCAAAGAUUUUCAACAUUUUGUGGAUCGCGGAUUCUACUACAACGAAAAGGAUGAUCCUCUGAGUGCACACUUAUUUGCUAUUGGUGGUCAAAAAUGGAGAAACUUGAGGACGAAGUUGACACCCACAUUUACGUCAGGCAAAAUGAAGAUGAUGUUCCAAACGCUGGUAGACUGUGUACCAUACUUCUUAGAGAAAAUUGAGACCGAUCGUGUGAAUCAAAAGCCAAUUGAUAUUAAAGAAACACUUGGGUGCUUUACCACAGAUAUCAUUGGUUCUUGUGCUUUCGGACUUGAAUGUAACACGUUUAAAGAAGAGAAUUCACCAUUUAGAGAAUACGGGCGCAAGUUUUUUGAAAUGAGCAGGUUUUCAAUGUUGAAAACUAUUUUCUCGAUGAAUUUUCCAAACGUAGCUAGAACAUUAGGAGUGAGUUUAACUCCUAAAGACAUUUCAAAUUUCUUCAUCAAAGUUGUCAACGAUACGGUCACCUGCAGAGAAAAGAAUAACUUUACUCGUAAGGACUUUAUGCAACUGUUAAUCGAUCUCAAGAAUAACAAACUCGCGGUUGAAAACGGUUAUAAACAUGAUGGUAAUACUUUAACUAACGAAGAAAUUGCUGCACAAAGCUUCGUUUUUUUCAUUGCUGGAUUUGAAACAUCGUCUACCACCAUGACUUUUGCUCUCUACGAACUUUCCAAAAAUCACGAGAUUCAAGAUAGAGUCAGAAACGAAAUCAAUACUGUUUUGGCAAAGUACGAUGGUAAGAUUACUUAUGAAGCAAUACAAGAAAUGAAGUACAUGGAUCUCGUGAUUAAUGAGACUUUAAGGAAGUACCCUCCUGUGGCUACACUUACCAGACAGUGUGUGAAAGACUAUAAGAUUCCAGAUGAAGAUAUUAUUAUAGAGAAAGGUACUUUCAUUGAAAUACCAGUUUUUGCGAUUCACCAUGAUAAAGAUCAUUAUCCGGAUCCGGAAAAAUUUGAUCCAGAAAGGUUUACCGAAGAGAAUAAAAGUAAGAGGCACCAUUAUGCUCAUAUUCCAUUUGGUGAAGGACCUAGAAUUUGUAUAGGUGCUCGUUUUGGUCUAAUGCAGUCAAAAGUAGGUUUGACCUCUUUGCUGAGAAAUUACAAGUUUAAAGUCAACCAGAAAACAAUGGAACCUCUAAAGAUGAAAGUGAAAUCUUUUAUUUUAGCGGCAGAAGGAGAAGUAUGGUUAGAUGCAGAGAAAAUAUGAUUUGGUUGUAUUACUACACCUUAACUGAAAACUGGUAUCUCAGAUCUGAUUUUUUUUUAUUUUUAGUAAUUGUAGAUAGAAAUUUUAAGUUUGCUAACCAUAGUUACUUCGUAUUUUUGUGAUACUUAAAUAAUUAUUAUUGAUGACUACCUAUGUAUUAUAAGUAUAUGAAUUUGAUUUCAAAAAAAUCUGUUUUCUGUGUAAUCAGA